UCUCUGCUCGGAGCAGCACCAUAAAAUGGUCAGGAACAUGUCUGAUUAUGUUAUCCGGCUGUACAAUGAUUCAGAUUAUGAUGCUGUCAGAGACCUAUUUGCGAGAGGCAUCAGGGAUCACCCGCGUGUGGCCUUCAAUCAAGCCCUAAGACAUCCACAGAUCUGUAUUUUCUUGUUGGUUGUGUUUUGUUUUCCUCUUGUAGCUUUUGGAUCCAUCCUUCUAUCUGUGUUAGCCUUAGCUGCUGUGUUGGUUUUCAUCUGGCUGAGCAGUGUAAUGGGCUUCCAAGCUUAUGCCAAAGCUACCUUGUCAGGUGACCUGAAAGACAUUCACAAAUACUACAUGCAGUGUAAUGGUCAUUGCUUCUGGGUUGCUGAGUCUGCUGGACAGGUGGUAGGUAUAGUAGGUGUCCGCCCAUCUGAUACCAGUCCUGAGAAAUGUCUGGAACUUAUAAGAAUGUCUGUGGCUAAAGAACAUAGAGGAAAAUGUAUUGCAAAAGCCUUGUGCAGGACCGCCAUCAAUUUUGCCCGGGAUAAACGAUACAAGUCAGUUGUCCUUGUGACCACAACCCCUCAGAUAGCGGGUCAGAGGCUGUAUGAGAGCAUAGGGUUCAGAUGCACAGACAAAACGUAUCCAAAAAUAUUACUGCCAAGAUUGGCUGGCUUUAGGAUAUUGCACUACAAAUAUGGCCUCUCAGCAGCAGAGUAA